AUGGGCUCCCUGGGGGGCCUUCACUUUACCACAGCCCAUUACCAAGUUUCCUCAUCUUUUCCAGAUGACAUUGUCACGGACGUGGGGGAAAAGGAAGAAAAUGAUGUGCCUGACAAGAUGCAAGUCCUGGAGUCCAUUUCUGAACGUAAGCUUUUGGAAGACUUAAUGAAUGAGUCUUCUGAAGCACUGGAACCUGAGAACGUGUCCAGCAAUUUAAGGCGCGAAAGCUCCUACCAGAAGAUGUUUCGGGUGAUGCUGAGAGAAAUGUCUGCUCAAGAUGAGAUGGAAGAAGACAUUGAGAUCCCCUUGACUGGUAGCCUGAAGAGUGAAACCAGGAGGAAACUGUGGAUUCUACUGAAGAAAAACUUUGAGAAAUGCAAGGAAGUCAUCCUGUGUAUUUUAAAGAAGCGAGAAAGGGUCCACAAGAACCUAGGCAUCCCCUUCUCCGAAGGACACCAAGGUGAUGGAAAAAUCAUUCUCUACCCAACUGGCGUGGUCUUCCAAAUCCUCUUUCCUGAUGGGACGGGCCAGAUCUAUUAUCCAUCAGGAAACCUGGCCAUGCUCAUCCUCGGUACCUUUGCUGAAAAGUUCACGUACAUCAUUCUGGAAGACACUGAGAGCAUGUGGGUACGGGCCCUGAUCAACAACUCCGGCCAUGCCACCUUCUACGAUGAAAACAGAGCUAUCUGGCUGAGCCUGAGCCAAAAUCUGGGCUACUACUUCACCAGGGGCUGCAGCCCCAAGGCCUGGAACUGGUGGGACCUUAACCUGCACAUCCACGCACCCCCGGUCCAGCCCAUCACGCUGAUGAUCAACCGCUACAUCCGAGUCCUGAUCUGGAGCCAGGAUCAGAUCCUCUUCUCCUUCCUCAGCCCCGCAAACUGGAUUCGCUUAAACCUGGGCACCAAGUACAAGCAGGUAACCGGAGAGGUGCUGAGGGAGAUGAAGAAGGCAAGCGUCUGGGAACCGGAAGCCCACUCCACGGUGCAGAAAAUCCAGAUCCUUCUGGGGAAAAUGAGCAAGACCCUGGGUCGGACGCCCAUCCACAACCUGGAAACCUUUGUGGGGGACGCCAGGGCUCUGCUAGAGAAGGGUUUUCUGAAGGGCGAUCGAUGGUAG